AUGAGCCAUCAACUCCCCAUUCUCCCUCUUUCCCAUAACCCUGUCCCAUUCUCUCGCUAUCCAUCACCCCGCCUCAUUCUCCCGCUUCCCAUAACCCCACCCCAUUCUCCCGCUUUCCAUCACCCCGCCACAUUCUCCCGCUUUCUAUCACCCCGCCCCAUUCUCCCUCCUUCCAUCAACCCGCCCCAUUCUCCCGCUUUCCAUCACCCCGCCCCAUUCUCCCGAUUUCCAUCACCCCGCCCCAUUCUCCCGCUUUCCAUCACCCCACCCCAUUCUCCCGCUUUCCAUCACCCUGCCACAUUCUCCCGCUUUCCAUCAUCCCGCCCCAUUCUCCCUCCUUCCAUCACCCCGCCCCAUUCUCCCGCUUUCCAUUACCCCGCCCCAUUCUCCCGCUUUCCAUCACCCCGCCCCAUUCUCCCUCUUUCCAUCACCCCGCCCCAUUCUCACGCUUUCCAUCAUCCCGCCCCAUUCUCCCGCUUUCCAUCACCCCGCCCCUUUCUUCCUCUUUCCAUCACCCCGCCCCAUUCUCCCGCUUUCCAUCUCCGCGCCCCAUUCUCCCGCUUUCCAUCACCCCGCCCCAUUCUCCCGCUUUCCAUCACCCCGCCCCAUUCUUCCGCUUUCCAUCACCCCACCCAAUUCUCCCUCUUUCUUUCACCCCUCCCCAUUCUCCCCUUUUCCAUCACCCCGCCCCAUUCUCCCUCUUUCCAUCACCCCGCCCUAUUCUCCCGCUUUCCAUCACCCGCCCCAUUCUUCCGCUUUCCAUCAACCCGCCCCAUUCUCCCGCUUUCCAUCACCCCGCCCCAUUCUCCCUCCUUCCAUCACCCCGCCCCAUUCUCCCGCUUUCCAUCACCCCGCCCCAUUCUCCCUCCUUUCAUCACCUCGCCCCAUUCUCCCUCCUUCCAUCACCCCGCCCCAUUCUCCCGCUUUCCAUCACUCCGCCCCAUUCUCCCUCCUUCCAUCACCCCGCCCCAUUCUCCCUCCUUCCAUCACCCCGCCCCAUUCUCCCGCUUUCCAUCACCCCGCCCCAUUCUCCCGCUUCCCAUAUCCCCACCCCAUUCUCCCGCUUUCCAUCACCCCGCCACAUUCUCCCACUUUCCAUCACCCCGCCCCCUUCUCUCUCCUUCCAUCACCCCGCCCCAUUCUCCCUCCUUCCAUCACCCCGCCCCAUUCUCCCGCUUUCCAUCAGCCCGCCCCAUUCUCCCGCUUUCCAUCACCCCUCCCCUUUCUCCCGCUUUCCAUCUCCCCGCCCCAUUCUCCCGCUUUCCAUCACCCCGCCCCAUUCUCCCGCUUUCCAUCACCCCGCCCCAUUCUUCCGCUUCCCAUCAUCCCGCCCCAUUCCCCCGCUUUCCAUCACCCCUCCCCAUUCUUCCUCCUUCCAUCACCUCGCCCCAUUCUCUCGCUUUCCAUCACCCGGCUCCAUUCUCCCGCUUUCCAUCACCCCGCCCCAUUCUCCCGCUUUCCAUCACCCAGCCCCAUUCUCCCGCUUUCCAUCACCCCGCCCCAUUCUCCCGCUUUCCAUCACCCCGCCACAUUCUCCCGCUUUCCAUCACCCCGCCCCAUUCUCCCUCCUUCCAUCACCCCGCCCCAUUCUCCCGCUUUCCAUCACCCCGCCCCACUCUCCCGCUUCCCAUAACCCCACCCCAUUCUCCCGCUUUCCAUCACCCCACCACAUUUUCCCGUUUUCUAUCACCCCGCCCCAUUCUCCCUCCUUCCAUCACCCCGCCCCAUUCUCCCGCUUUCCAUCACCCCGCCCCAUUCUCCCGAUUUCCGUCACCCCGCCCCAUUCUCCCGCUUUCCAUCACCCCGCCCCAUUCUCCCGCUUUCUAUCACCCCGCCCCAUUCUCCCGCAUUCCAUCAUCCCGCCCCAUUCUCCCUCCUUCCAUCACCCCGCCCCAUUCUCCCGCUUUCCAUCACUCCGCCCCAUUCUCCCUCCUUCCGAUCACCCCGCCCCAUUCUCCCUCCUUCCAUCACCCCGCCCCAUUCUCCCGCUUUCCAUCACCCCGCCCCAUUCUCCCUUUUUCCAUCACCCCGCCCCAUUCUCCCGCUUUCCAUCACCCCGCCCCAUUCUCCCGCUUUCCAUCACCCCGCUCCAUUCUCCCGCUUUCCAUCGACCCACCCAAUUCUCCCUCUUUCCAUCACCUCUCCCCAUUCUCCCUCUUUCCAUCACCCCGCCCCAUUCUCCCGCUUUCCAUCACCCCGCCCCAUUCUCUCGCUUUCCAUCACCCCGCCCCAUUCUCCCGCUUUCCAUCACCCCGCCCCAUUCUCCCUCUUUCCAUCACCCCGUCCCAUUCUCCCGCUUUCCAUCACCCCGCCCCAUUCUCCCGCUUUCCAUCACCCCGCCCCAUUCUCCUUCUUUCCAUCACCCCGCCCCAUUCUCCCUCUUUCCAUCACCCCGCCCCAUUCUCCCGCUUUCCAUCACCCCGCGCCAUUUUCCCUCUUUCCAUCACCCCGCCCCAUUCUCCCACUUUGCAUCACCCCGCCCCAUUCUCUCGCUUUCCAUCAUCCCGCUCCAUUGUCCUGCUUUCCAUCACCCCGCCCAAUUCUCACUCUUUCCAUCACCCCUCCCCAUUCUCCCUUUUUCCAUCACCCCGCCCCAUUCUCUCGCUUUCCAUCACCCCGCUCCAUUCUCCCGCUUUCCAUCACCCCGCCCAAUUCUCCCUCUUUCCAUCAACCCUCCCUAUUCUCCCACUUUCCAUCACCCCGCCCCAUUCUCUCGCUUUCCAUCACCCCGCCCCAUUCUCCCGCUUUCCAUCGCCCCGCCCCAUUCUCCCGCUUUCCAUCACCCCGCCCCAUUCUCCCGCUUUCCAUCACCCCGCCCCAUUCUCCCUUUUUCCAUCACCCCGCCCCAUGCUCCCGAUUUCCAUCACCCCGCCCCAUUCUCCCGCUUUCCAUCAUCCCGCCCCAUUCUCCCGCUUUCCACCACCCCGCCCCAUUCUCCCUCUUUCCAUCACCCCGCCCCAUUCUUCCUCUUUCCAUCACCCCGCCCCAUUCUCCCGAUUUCCAUCACCCCGCCCCAUUCUCCCAAUUUCCAUCACCCCGCCCCAUUCUCCCUCUUUCCAUCACCCCGCCCCAUUCUCCCUCUUUCCAUCACCCCGCCCCACUCUCCCGCCUUCCAUCACCCCGCCCAAUUCUCCCUCUUUCCAUCACCCCGCCCCAUUCUCCCUCUUUCCAUCACCCCGCCCCAUUCUCCCGCUUUCCAUCACCCCGCCCCAUUCUCCCUCUUUCCAUCACCCCGCCCCAUUCUCCCUCUUUCCAUCACCCCGCCCCAUUCUCCCGCUUUCCAGCACCCCGCGCCAUUUUCCCUCUUUCCAUCACCCCGCCCCAUUCUCCCGCUUUCCAUCACCCCGCCCCAUUCUCUCGCUUUCCAUCAUCCCGCUCCAUUGUCCCGCUUUCCAUCACCCCGCCCAAUUCUCCCUCUUUCCAUCACCCCUCCCCAUCCUCCUUUUUUCCAUCACCCCGCCCCAUUCUCCCGCUUUCCAUCACGCCGCCCCAUUCUCCCUCUUUCCAUCACCCCGCCCCACUCUCCCGCCUUCCAUCAACCCGCCCAAUUCUCCCUCUUUCCAUCACCCCGCCCCAUUCUCCCUCUUUCCAUCACCCCGCCCCAUUCUCCCGCUUUCCAUCACCCCGCCCCAUUCUCCUUCUUUCCAUCACCCCGCCCCAUUCUCCCUCUUUCCAUCAACCCGCCCCAUUCUCCCGCUUUCCAUCACCCCGCGCCAUUUUCCCUCUUUCCAUCACCCCGCCCCUAUUCUCCCGCUUUCCAUCACCCCACCCCAUUCUCUCGCUUUCCAUCAUCCCGCUCCAUUGUCCCGCUUUCCAUCACCCCGCCCAAUUCUCACUCUUUCCAUCACCCCUCCCCAUUCUCCCUUUUUCCAUCACCCCGCCCCAUUCUCCCUCUUUCCAUCACCCCGCCCCAUUCUCCCUCUUUCCAUCACCCCGCCCCAUUCUCCAGCUUUCCAUCACCCCGCCCCAUUCUCCUUCUUUCCAUCACCCCGCCCCAUUCUCCCUCUUUCCAUCAACCCGCCCCAUUCUCCCGCUUUCCAUCACCCUGCGCCAUUUUCCCUCUUUCCAUCACCCCGCCCCAUUCUCCCGCUUUCCAUCACCUCGCCCGAUCCUCCCUCUUUCCAUCACCCCGCCCCAUUCUACUGCUGUCCAUCACCCUGCUCCAUUCUCCCGCUUCCCAUCACCCUGCCCAAUUCUCCCUCUUUCCAUCACCCCUCCCCAUUCUCCCUCUUUCCAUCACCCCGCCCCAUUCUCCCGCUUUCCAUCACCCCGCCCCAUUCUCCCUCUUUCCAUCACCUCGCCCGAUCCUCCCUCUUUCCAUCACCCCGCACCAUUCUCCCGCUUUCCAUCACCCCGCCCCAUUCUAGUGCUUUCCAUCACCCCCCCCAUUCUCCCGCUUUCCAUCACCCCGCCUCAUUCUCCCUCUUUCCAUCACCGCGCCCCAUUCUCCCUCUUUCCAUCACCCUGCCCCAUUCUCUCGCUUUCCAUCACCCCGCCCCAUUCUCCCGCUUUCUAUCACACCGCCCCAUUCUCCCGCUUUCCAUCACCCUGCUUUAUUCUCCCGCUUUCCAUCACCCCGCCCAAUUCUCCCUCUUUCCAUCACCCCUCUCCAUUCUCCCUCUUUCCAUCACCCCGCCCCAUUCUCCCUCUUUCCAUCACCCCUCCCCAUUCUCCCUCUUUCCAUCACCCGGCACCAUUCUCCCGCUUUCCAUCACCCCGCACCAUUCUACUGCUUUCCAUCACCCCGCCCCAUUCUACUGCUUUCCAUCACCCCGUCCCAUUCUCCUGCUUUCCAUCACCCCGCCCAAUUUUCCCUCUUUCCAUCACCCUGACCCAUUCUCCCUCUUUCCAUCACCCCGCCUCAUUCUCCCCCAAUCCAUCACCCCUCCCCAUUUUCACUCUUUCCAUCACCCCGUCCCAUUCUCCCGCUUUCCAUCACCCCGCCCCAUUCUCCCUCUUUCCAUCACCCCGCCCCAUUCUCCCUAUUUCCAUCACCCCGCCCCAUUUUCACUCUUUCCAUCACCCCGUCCCAUUCUCCCGCUUUCCAUCACCCCGCCCCAUUCUCCCGCUUUCCAUCACCCCGCUCCAUUCUCCCGCUUUCCAUCACCCUGCCCAAUUCUCCCUCUUUUUAUCACCCCUCAACAUUCUCCCUCUUUCCAUCACCCCGCCCCAUUCUCCCGCUUUCCUUCACCCGCCCCAUUCUCCCUCUUUCCAUCACCCCGCCCCAUUCUCCCUCUUUCUAUCACCCCGCCCCAUGCUCCCUGUUUCCAUCACCCCGCCCCAUUCUCCCUGUUUCCAUCACCCCGCCCCAUUCUCACGCUUUCCAUCACCCCGCCCCAUUCUCCCGCUAUCCAUCACCCCGCCCCGUUCUCCCGCUUUCUUUCACCCCGCCCCAUUUUCCCGCUUUCCAUCAUCGCGCCCCGUUCUCCCGCCUUCCAUCACCCCGCCCCGUUCUCCCGCUUUCCAUCACCUCGCCCCGUUCUCCCGCUUUCCAUCACCCCGCCCCGUUCUCCCGCUUUCCAUCACCCAGCACCAGUCUCCCGCUCUCAAUCACCCCGCCCCAUUCACCCGUUUUCCAUCACCCCUCCCCAUUCUCCCUCUUUCCAUCACCCGCUCCAUUCUCCCGCUUUCCAUCACCCCGCCCAAUUCCCCCUCUUUUCAUCACCCCUCUCCAUUCUCCCUCUUUCCAUCACCCGGCCCCAUUCUCCUGCUUUCCAUCACCCCGCCCCAUUCUCCCUCUUUCCAUUACCCUGCCCCAUUCUCCCGCUUUCCAUCACCCCGCCCCAUUCUCCCUCUUUCCACCACCUCGCCCCAUUCUCCCUGUUUCCAUCACCCCUCCCCAUUCUCCCUCUUUCCAUCACCCCGCCCCAUUCUCCCGCUUUCCAUCACCCCGCCCCAUUCUCCCGCUUUCCAUCACCCCACCCCAUUCUCCCGCUUUCCAUCACCCUGCCCCAUUCUUCCGCUUUCCAUCACCCCGCCUCAUUCUCCCGAUUUCUAUCACCCGGCCCCAGUCUCCCGCUUUCCCUUACUUCGCCCCAUUCUCCCGCUUUCCAUCACCCCGCCCCUUUCUCCCACUUUUCAUCACCCCGCCCCGUUCUCCCGCUUUCCAUCACCUCGCCCCGUUCUACCGCUUUCCAUCAGCCCGCUUCGUUCUCUCGCUUUCCAUCACCCCGCCCCAUUCUCCCCCUUUCCAUCACCCCGCCCCAGUCUCCCGCUCUCAAUCACCCCGCCCCAUUCUCCCGUUUUCCAUCACCCCUCCCCAUUCUCCCUCUUUCCAUCACCCCGCUCCAUUCUCCCUCUUUCCAUCACCCGUCCCUGUUCUCCCGAUUUCAAUCACCCCGCCCCAUUCUCCCGCUUUCCAUCACCCCGCCCCAUUCUCCUCUUUCCAUCACCCCGCCCCAUUCUCCCGCUUUCGAUCACCCGCCCCAUUCUCUUGCUUUCCAUCACCCCGCCCCAUUCUCCCGCUUUCCAUCAGCCGCCCCGUUCUCCCACUUUUUAUUACCCCGCCCCAUUCUCCCGCUUCUCCCGCUUUCCAUCACCCCGCCCUAUUCUCCCUCUUUCCAUCACCCCGCCCCAUUCUCCCGCUUUCCAUCACCCCGCCCCGUUUUCCCUCUUUCCAUCACUGCGCCACAUUCUCCCGCUUUCCAUCACCCCGCCCCACUCUCCCGCUUUCCAUCACCCAGCCCCAUUCUUCCUCUUUCCAUAACCCCGCCCCAUUCUCCCGCUUUCCAUCACUCCGCCCCAUUCUCCAGCUUUCCAUCACCCCGCUCCAUUCUCCCGCUUUCCAUCACCCCCGCCCCAUUCUCCCUCUUUCAUUCACCCCGCCCCAUUCUCCCUCUAUCCAUCACCCCGCCCCAUUCUCCCGCUUUCCAUCACCCUGUCCCAUUCUCCUGCUUUUCAUCACGUUGCCCCAUUCUCUUGCUUUCCAUCACCCCGCCCCAUUCUCCCGCUUUCCAUCACCCCGCCCCAUUCUCCCGCUUUCUAUCACCCCGCCCCAUUCUCCUGCUUUCCAUCACCCCGCCCCAUUCUCCCGCUUUCCAUCACCCGCCCCAGUCUCCCGCUUUCCCUUACUUCGCCCCAUUCUCCCGCUUUCCAUCACCCCGCCCCAUUCUCCCGCUUUCCAUCACCCCGCCCCGUUCUCCCACUUUCCAUUACCCCGCCCCGUUCUCCCGCUUUCUAUCACCUCGCCCCGUUCUACCGCUUUCCAUCACCCCGCUUCGUUCUCCCGCAUUCCAUCACCCCGCCCCAUUCUCCCUCUUCUCAUCACCCCGCCCCAUUCUCCCUCUUUCCAACACCCCGCCCCAUUCUCCUGCUUUCCAUCACCCCGCCCCAUUCUCCCUCUUUCCAUCACCCCGCCCCAAUCUCCCGCUUUCCAUCACCUCGCCCCAUUCUCCCUCUUUCCAUCACCCCGCCCCAUUCUCCCUCUUUCCAUCACCGCGCCCCAUUCUCCCGCCUUCCAUCACCCUGCCCCAUUCUCCCUCUUUCCAUCACCCCGCUCCAUUCUCCCGCUUUCCAUCACCCCGCCCCAUUCUCCCGCUUUCCAUCACCCCGCCCCAUUCUCCCUCUUUCCAUCAGCCCGCCCCGUUCUCCCGCCUUCCAUCACCCCGCCCCAUUCUCCCUCUUUCCAUCACCCCGCCCCAUUCUCCCACUUUCCAUCACCCCGCCCCAUUCUCACGCUUUCCAUCACCCCGCUCUAUUCUCCCGCUUUCCAGUCACCCCGCCCAAUUCUCCCUCUUUCUAUCACCCCUCCCCAUUCUCCCUCUUUCCAUCACCCCGCCCCAUUCUCCCGCUUUCCAUCACCCCGCCCCAUUCUCCCGCUUUCCAUCACCCCGCCCCAUUCUCCUUCUUUCCAUCACCCCGCCCCAUUCUCCCGCUUUCCAUCACCCCGCCCCAUUCUCUCGCUUUCCAUCAACCCGCCCCUUUCUCCCUCUUUCCAUCACCCCACCCCGUUCUCCCGCUUUCCAUCACCCCGCCCCAGUCUCCUGCUCUCAAUCACCCCUCCACAUUCUCCCGUUUUCCAUCACCCCUCCCCAUUCUCCCUCUUUCCAUCACCCCGCCCCAUUCUCCCUCUUUCCAUCACCCGGCCCUGUUCUCCCGCUUUCAAUCACCCUGCCCCAUUCUCCCGCUUUCCAUCACCUCGCCCCAUUCUCCCGCUUUCCAUCACCCCGCCCCAUUCUCCCGCUUUCCAUCACCCCGCCCCAUUCUCCCGCUUUCCAUCACCCCGCCCUAUUCUCCCUCUUUCCAUCACCCCGCCCCAUUCUCCCGCUUUCGAUCACCCCGCCCCAUUUUCCCUCUUUCCAUCACCGCGCCACAUUCUCCCGCUUUCCAUCACCCCGCCCCACUCUCCCGCUUUCCAUCACCCAGCCCCAUUCUUCCUCUUUCCAUAACCGCGCCCCAUUCUCCCGCUUUCCAUCACUCCGCCCCAUUCUCCAACUUUCCAUCACCCCGCUCCAUUCUCCCGCUUUCCAUCACCCCCGCCCCAUUCUCCCUCUAUCCAUCACCCCGCCCCAUUCUCCCGCUUUCCAUCACCCUGUCCCAUUCACCCGCUUUCCAUCACCUUGCCCCAUUCACUUGCUUUUCAUCACCCCGCCCUAUUCUCCCGCUUUCCAUCACCCCGCCCCAUUCUCCCGCUUUCUAUCACCCCGCCCCAUUCUCCCGCUUUCCAUCACCCCGCCCCAUUCUCCCGCUUUCCAUCACCCCGCCCUGUUCUCCCUCUUUCCAUCACCCCGCUCCAUUCUCCCGCUUUCCAUCACCCCGCCCCAUUCUCCCGCUUUCCAUCACCCCACCCCAUUCUCCCACGUACUGCGCCGGCUUCGGCCUCCCUCACCUUCACUCUUGACUCUGGGGCCUCUCGCUCCUUCUUUCGCGACUGCACCACAUUCACGCCGCUUCGUCGGCUGUCGCGGUGUCCCUUUCCAUCACCCCGCCCCAUUCUCCCGCUCUCAAUCACCCCGCCCCAUUCUCCCGUUUUCCAUCACCCCUCCCCAUUCUCCCUCUUUCUAUCACCCCGCCCCAUUCUCCCUCUUUCCAUCACCCUUCCCCAUUCUCCCGCUUUCUAUCACCCCGCCCCAUUCUCCCGCUUUCCAUCAUCCCCCUCCAUUCUCCCCCUUUCCAUCACCCCGCCCAAUUCUCCCUCUUUCCAUCAACCCUCCCCAUUCUCCCUCUUUCCAUCACCCCGCCCUAUUCUCCCGCUUUCCAUCACCCCGUCCCAUUCUCCCGCUUUCCAUCACCCCGCCCCAUUCUCCUGCUUUUCAUCACCCCGCCCCAUUCUCCCGCUUUCCAUCACCCCGUCCCAUUCUCCCUCUUUCCAUCACCCCGCUCCAUUCUCCCGCUUUCCAUCACCCUGCCCUAUUCUCCCUCUUUCCAUCACCCCUCCCUAUUCUCCCUCUUUCCAUCACCCCGCCCUAUUCUCCCGCUUUCCAUCACCCCGCCCCAUUCUCCCGCUUUCCAUCAUCCCCGCCCCCUUCUCCCGCUUUCCAUCACCCCGCCCCAUUCUCCCGCUUUCCAUCACCCCGCCCCAUUCUCCCGCUUUGCAUCACCCCGCCCCAUUCUCCCGCUUUCCAUCACCCCGCCCCAUUCUCCCGCUUUCCAUCACCCCUCCCCAUUCUCCCUCUUUCCAUCACCCCGCCCCAUUCUCCUGCUUCCCAUCACCCCGCCCCAUUCUCCCGCUUUCCAUCACCCCGCCCCAUUCUCCCUCUUUCCAUCACCCCGCCCCAUUCUCCCGCUUUCCAUCUCCCCACCCCAUUCUCCUGCUUUCCAUCACCCCGUCCCAUUCUCCCGCCUCUUUCCAUCACCCCGCCCCAUUCUCCCGCUUUCCAUCACCGCGCCCCACUUCUCCCGCUUUCCAUCACCCCGCCCCCAUUCUCCCGCUUCCCAUCACCCCGCCCCAUUCUCCCACUUUCCAUCACCCCGCCCCAUUCUCCAGCAUUCCAUCACCGCGCCCCAUUCUCCUGCUUUCCAUCACCCCGCCCCAUUCUCCCUCUUUCCAUCACCCCGCCCCAUUCUCCCUCUUUCCAUCACCCCGCCCCAUUCUCCCGCUUUCCAUCACCCCGCCCCAUUCUCCCGAUUUCCAUCACCCCGCCCCAUUCUCCCGCUUUCCAUCACCCCGCCCCAUUCUCCCGGUUUCCAUCACCCCGCCCCAUUCUCCCGGUUUCCAUCACCCUGCCCCAUUCUCUCGCUUUCCAUCACUCUGCCCCACUCUACCUCUUUCUAUCACCCCGCCCCAUUCUCCCUCUUUCCAUCACCCCGCCCCAUUCUCCCGAUUUCCAUCACCCCGCCCCAUUCUCUCGCCUCUUUCCAUCGCCCCGCCCCAUUCUCCCGCUUUCCAUCACUCCGCCCCAUUCUCCCGCUUUCCAUCACCCCGCCCCAUUCUCCCGCUUUCCAUCACCCCGCCCCAUUCUCCAACUUUCCAUCACCCCGCCCCAAUCUCCCGCUUUCCAUCAACCCGACCCAUUCUCCCGCUUUCCAUCACCCCGCCCCAUUCUCCCUCUUUCGAUCACCCGCCCCAUUCUCCCGCUUUCCUUCACCCCGCCCCAUUCUUUCGCCUCUUUCCAUCACCCCGCCCCAUUCUCCCGCUUUCCAUCACCCCGCCCCAUUCUCUUGCUUUCCAUCACCCCGCCCCAUUCUCCAGCUUUCCAUCACCCCGCCCCAUUCUCCCUCUUUCCAUCACCCUUCCCCAUUCUCCCUCUAUCCAUCACCCCACCCAAUUAUCCCGCUUUCCAUCACCCCGUCCCAUUCUACCGCUUUCCAUCACCCCGCCCCAUUCUUUUGCGUUCCAUCACCCCACCCCAUCCUCCCCUCUUUCCAUCACCCCGCACCAUUCUCCCUCUUUCCAUCACCCCGCCCCAUUCUCCCGCUUUCCAUCACCCCGCCCCAUUCUCCCUCUUUCAAACACCCCGCCCCAUUCUCUCGCUUUCCAUCACCCCGCCCAGUUCUCCCGCUUUCCAUCACCCCGCCCCAUUUUCCCGCUUUCCAUCACCCCGCCCCAUUCUCCUGCUUUCCAUCACCCCGCCCCAUUCUCCCUCAUUCCAUCACCCCGCCCCAUUCUCUCGCUUUCCAUCACCCCGCCCCAUUCUCCCGCUUUUCAUCACCCCGCCCCAUUCUCCCGCUUUCCAUCACCCCGUCCCAUUCUCCCUCUUUCCAUCACCCCGCUCCAUUCUCCCGCUUUCCAUCACCCCGCCCUAUUCUCCCUCUUUCCAUCACCCCUCCCUAUUCUCCCUCCUUCCAUCACCCCGCCCUAUUCUCCCGCUUUCCAUCACCCCGCCCCAUUCUCCCGCUUUCCAUCAACCCGCCCCAUUCUCCCGCUUUCCAUCACCCCGCCCCAUUCUCCCUCUUUCCAUCACCCCGCCCCGUUCUCCCGCUUUCCAUCACCCUGCUCCGUUCUCCCGCUUUCCAUCACCCCGACCCAUUCUCCCCCUUUCCAUCAACCCGCCACAUUCUCCCGCUUUCCAUCACCGCGCCCCAUUCUCCCUCUUUCCAUCACCCCGCCCCGUUCUCCCGCUUACCAUCACCCCGCCCCAUUCUCCCGCUUUCCAUCACCCCGCCCCAUUCUCCCUCUUUCCAUCACCCCGCCCCAUUCUCCCUCCGCCCCAUUCUCCCGCUUUCCAUCACCCCGCACCAUUCUCCCGCUUUUCAUUACCUCGCCCCAUUCUCCCGAUUCCCAUCAACCCGCCCCAUUCUCCCGCUUUCUAUCACCCGUCCCCAUUCUCCCUCUUUCCAUCACCCCGCCCCAUUCUCCCGCUUUCCAUCACCCCGCCCCAUUCUACCACUUUCCAUCACCUCGCCCCUUUCUCCCGCUUUCCAUCACCCUGCCCCAUUCUCCCGCUUUCCAUCAACCUGCCCCAUUCUCCCGCUUUCCAUCACCCUGCCCGAUUCUCCCUCCUUCCAUCACCCCACCCCAUUCUCCCGCUUUCCAUCACCCCGCCUUAUUCUCCUGCUCUCCAUCACCCCGCACCAUUCGCCCGCUUUCCAUCACCCCUCCCCAUUCUCCUGCUUUCCAUCACCCCGCCCCAUUCUCCCUCCUUCCAUGACCCCGCCCCAUUCUCCCUCCAUCCAUCACCCCACCCUAUUCUCCCAAUUUCCAUCACCCCACCCCAUUCUCCCGCUUUCCAUCACCCCGCCUUACUCUCCCGCUUUCCAUCACCUCGCCCCAUUCUCCCGCUUUCCAUCACCCCGCCCCAUUCUCCGCUUUCCAUCACACGCCCAUUCUCCCGCUUUCCAUCACCCCGCACCAUUCUCCCGCUUUUCAUUACCUCGCCCCAUUUUCCCGCUUCCCAUCAUCUCGCCCCAUUCUCCCGCUUUUCAUCACCCUGCCCCAUUCUCCCUCCUUCCAUCACCCCACCCCAUUCUCCCGCUUUCCAUCACCUCGCCCCAUUCUCCCGCUUUCCAUCACCCCGACCCAUUCUCCCGCUUUCUAUCACCCCGCCCCAUUCUCCUGCUUUCCAUCACCUGCCCCAUUCUCCCGCUUUCCAUCACCCCACCCCAGUCUCCCGCUUUCCAUCACCCCGCCCUAUUCUCCCGCUUUCCAUCACCCCGCCCCAUUCUCCCGCUUUCCAUCACCCCACCCCAUUCUCCCGCUUUCCAUCACCCCGCCCCAUUCUCCCGCUUUCCUUCACCCCUCCCCAUUCUCCCGCUUUCAAUCACCCCGCCCCAUUCUCCCGCUUUCAAUCACCCCACCCCAUUCUCCCGCUUUCCAUCACUCCGCCCCAUUCUCCCUCCUUCCAUCACCCCGCCCCAUUCUCCCGCUUUCCAUCACCCCGACCCAUUCUCCCACUUUCUAUCACCCCGCCCAAUUCUCUCGAUUUCCCCCCAUUCCCCCGCUUUCCAUCACCCCGCCCUAUUCUCCCUCUUUCCAUCACCCCGCCCCAUUCUCCCUCCUUCUAUCACCCUGCCCCAUUCUACCGCUUUCCAUCACCCCACCACAUUCUUCCACUUUCCAUCACCCCGCCCCAUUCUCCCUCCUUCCAUCACCCCGCCCCAUUCCCCCGCUUUCCAUCACCCCGCCCCAUUCUCCCGCAUUCCAUCACCCCGCCCCAUUCUCCCUCCUUCCAUAACCCCGCCCCAUUCUCCCGCUUUCCAUCACCCCACCCCAUUCUUCCGCAUUCCAUCACCCCGCCCCAUUCUCCCGCUUUCCAUCACCUCGCCCCAUUCUCCCGCAUUCCAUCACCCCGCCCCAUUCUCCCGGUUUCCAUCACCCCGCCCCCUUCUCCCUCCUUCCAUCACCCUGCCCCAUUCUCCCUCCUUCCAUCACCCCGCCCCUUUCUCCCGCUUUCCAUCAGCCUGCCCCAUUCUCCCGCUUUCCAUCACCCCGCCCCAUUCUCCCGCGUUCCAUCUCCCCGCCCCAUUCUCCCGGUUUCCAUAACCCCGCCCCCUUCUCCCUCCUUCCAUCACCCCGCCCCAUUCUCCCUCCUUCCAUCAUCCCGCCCCUUUCUCCCGCUUUCCAUCAGCCCGCCCCAUUCUCCCGCUUUCCAUCACCCAGCCCCAUUCUCCCGCUCUCCAUCACCCCGCCCCGUUCUCCCGCUUUCCAUAACCCCGCCCCAUUCUCACGCUUUCCAUCACCCCGCCCCAUUCACCCGCUUUCCAUCACCCCGCCCCAUUCCGCUCCUCUCCGUCACCCCGCCCCAUUCUCCCGCUUUCCAUCACCUCGCCCCAUUCUCACGCUCUCCAUCACCCCGCCCAAUUCACCCGCUUUCCAUCACCCCGCCCCAUUCUCACGCUUUCCAUCACCCCACCCCACUCCCGCUUUCCAUCACCCCGCCCCAUUCUCCCGCUUUCCAUCACCCAGCCCCAUUCUCCCGCUCUCCAUCACCCCGCCCCGUUCUCCCGCUUUCCAUAACCCCGCCCCAUUCUCACGCUUUCCAUCACCCCGCCCCAUUCACCCGCUUUCCAUCACCCCGCCCCAUUCCGCUCCUCUCCGUCACCCCGCCCCAUUCUCCCGCUUUCCAUCACCUCGCCCCAUUCUCACGCUCUCCAUCACCCCGCCCAAUUCACCCGCUUUCCAUCACCCCGCCCCAUUCUCACGCUUUCCAUCACCCCACCCCACUCCCGCUUUCCAUCACCCCGCCCCAUUCUCCCGCUUUCCAUCACCUCGCCCCAUUCUCACGCUUUCCAUCACCCCGCCCCAUUCUCCCGCUUUCCAUCACCCCGCCCCAUUCUCCCUCCUUCCAUCACCCCGCCUCAUUCUCCCUCCUUCCAUCACCCCGCCCCAUUCUCCCGCUUUCCAUCACCCCGCCCCAUUCUCCCGCUUCCCAUCACCCCGCCCCAUUCUCCCGCUUUCCAUCACCCCGCCCCAUUCUCCCGCAUUCCAUCACCCCGCCCCAUUCUCCCGCUUUCCAUAACCCCGCCCUAUUCUCCUGCUUACCAUCACCCCGCCAUAUUCUCCCACUUUCCAUCACCCCGCCCCAUUCUCCCUCCUUCCAUCACCCGCCCCAUUCUCCCUCCUUCCAUCAUCCCACCCCAUUCUCCCUCCUUCCAUCACCCCGCCCCAUUCUCCCGCUUUCCAUCACCACGCCUCAUUCUCCCGCUUUCCAUCACCCCGCCCCAUACUCCCGCUUUCCAUCACCCCGCCCCAUUCUCCCGCUUUCCAUCACCCCGCCCCAUUCUCCCGCUUUCCAUCACCCCGCCCCUUUCUCCCGCUUUCCAUCACCCCGCCCCAUUCUCUCGCUUUCCAUCACCCCGCCCCAUUCUCCCGCUUUCCAUCACACCGCCCCAUUCUCCUGCUUUCCAUCACCCCUCUCCGUUCUCCCUCUUUCCAUCACCCCGCCCCAUUCGCCCUCUUUCCAUCACCCCUCCCCAUUCUCCCUCUUUCCAUCACCCCGCCCCAUUCUCCCUCUUUCCAUCACCUCGCCCCAUCCUCCCUCUUUCCAUCACCCCGCACCAUUCUCCCGCUUUCCAUCACCCUGCACCAUUCUCCCGCUUUCCAUCACCGCACCCCAUUCUACUGCUUUCCAUCACCCCGCCCAAUUUUCCCUCUUUCCAUCACCCCGACCCAUUCUCCCUCUUUCCAUCACCCCGCCCCAUUCUCCCCCAAUCCAUCACCCCUACCCAUUUUCACUCUUUCCAUCACCCCGUCCCAUUCUCCCGCUUUCCAUCAACCCGCCCCAUUCUCCCUCUUUCCAUCACCCCGCCCCAUUCUCCCUCCUUCCAUCACCCCGCCCCAUUCCCCCGCUUUCCAUCACCCCGCCCCAUUCUCCCGCAUUCCAUCACCCCGCCCCAUUCUCCCUCCUUCCAUCACCCCGCCCCAUUCUCCCGCUUUCCAUCACCCCACCCCAUUCUUCCGCAUUCCAUCACCCCGCCCCAUUCUCCCGCUUUCCAUCACCUCGCCCCAUUCUCCCGCAUUCCAUCACCCCGCCCCAUUCUCCCGGUUUCCAUCACCCCGCCCCCUUCUCCCUCCUUCCAUCACCCUGCCCCAUUCUCCCUCCUUCCAUCACCCCGCCCCUUUCUCCCGCUUUCCAUCAGCCUGCCCCAUUCUCCCGCUUUCCAUCACCCCGCCCCAUUCUCCUGCGUUCCAUCUCCCCGCCCCAUUCUCCCGCCUGCCCCAUUCUCCCGCUUUCCAUCACCCCGCCCCAUUCUCUUGCGUUCCAUCUCCCCGCCCCAUUCUCCCGCCCGCCCCAUUCUCCCGCUUUCCAUCACCCAGCCCCAUUCUCCCGCUCUCCAUCACCCCGCCCCGUUCUCCCGCUUUCCAUAACCCCGCCCCAUUCUCACGCUUUCCCAUUCACCCGCUUUCCAUCACCCCGCCCCAUUCCGCUCCUCUCCGUCACCCCGCCCCAUUCUCCCGCUUUCCAUCACCUCGCCCCAUUCUCACGCUCUCCAUCACCCCGCCCAAUUCACCCGCUUUCCAUCACCCCGCCCCAUUCUCACGCUUUCCAUCACCCCACCCCACUCCCGCUUUCCAUCACCCCGCCCCAUUCUCCCGCUUUCCAUCACCUCGCCCCAUUCUCACGCUUUCCAUCACCCCGCCCCAUUCUCCCGCUUUCCAUCACCCCGCCCCAUUCUCCCUCCUUCCAUCACCCCGCCUCAUUCUCCCUCCUUCCAUCACCCCGCCCCAUUCUCCCGCUUUCCAUCACCCCUCCCCAUUCUCCCGCUUCCCAUCACCCCGCCCCAUUCUCCCGCUUUCCAUCACCCCGCCCCAUUCUCCCGCAUUCCAUCACCCCGCCCCAUUCUCCCGCUUUCCAUAACCCCGCCCCAUUCUCCUGCUUUCCAUCACCCCGCCAUAUUCUCCCACUUUCCAUCACCCCGCCCCAUUCUCCCUCCUUCCAUCACCCGCCCCAUUCUCCCUCCUUCCAUCACCCCACCCCAUUCUCCCUCUUUCCAUCACCCCGCCCCAUUCUCCCGCUUUCCAUCACCACGCCUCAUUCUCCCGCUUUCCAUCACCCCGCCCCAUACUCCCGCUUUCCAUCACCCCGCCCCAUUCUCCCGCUUUCCAUCACCCCGCCCCAUUCUCCCGCUUUCCAUCACCCCGCCCCUUUCUCCCGCUUUCCAUCACCCCGCCCCAUUCUCUCGCUUUCCAUCACCCCGCCCCAUUCUCCCGCUUUCCAUCACACCGCCCCAUUCUCCUGCUUUCCAUCACCCCUCUCCGUUCUCCCUCUUUCCAUCACCCCGCCCCAUUCGCCCUCUUUCCAUCACCCCUCCCCAUUCUCCCUCUUUCCAUCACCCCGCCCCAUUCUCCCUCUUUCCAUCACCUCGCCCCAUCCUCCCUCUUUCCAUCACCCCGCACCAUUCUCCCGCUUUCCAUCACCCCGCACCAUUCUCCCGCUUUCCAUCACCGCGCCCCAUUCUACUGCUUUCCAUCACCCCGUCCCAUUCUCCCGCUUUCCAUCACCCCGCCCAAUUUUCCCUCUUUCCAUCACCCCGACCCAUUCUCCCUCUUUCCAUCACCCCGCCCCAUUUUCCCCCAAUCCAUCACCCCUCCCCAUUUUCACUCUUCCCAUCACCCCGUCCCAUUCUCCCGCUUUCCAUCACCCCGCCCCAUUCUCCCUUUUUCCAUCACCCCGCCCCAUUCUCCCCCAAUCCAUCACCCCGCCCCAUUUUCACUCUUUCCAUCACCCCGUCCCAUUCUCCCGCUUUCCAUCACCCCGCCCCAUUCUCCCGCUUUCCAUCACCCCGCUCCAUUCUCCCGCGUUCCAACACCCCACCCAAUUCUCCCUCUUUCCAUCACCCCUCCCCAUUCUCCCUCUUUCCAUCACCCAGCCCCAUUCUCCCGCGUUCCAUCACCCCGCCCCAUUCUCCCUCUUUCCAUCAUCGCGCCCCAUUCUCCCUCUUUCCAUCACCCCGCCCCAUUCUCCCGCUUUCCAUCACCCCGCCCCAUGCUCCCGCUUUCCAUCACCCCGCCCCAUUCUCUCGCUUUCCAUCACCACGCCCCAUUCUCCCGCUUUCCAUCACCCCGCCCCAUUCUCCCGCUUUCCAUCACUCUGCCCCAUUCUCCCGCUUUCCAUCACCCCGCCCCAUUCUCCCGCUUUCCAUCAUUCCGCCCCAUUCUUCUCCUUCCAUCACCCCGCCUCAUUCUACCUCCUUCCAUCACCCCGCCCCAUUCUCCCGCUUUCCAUCACCCCGCCCCAUUCUCCCGCUUUCCAUCACCCCGCCCCAUUCUCCCGCUUUCCAUCACCACGCCCCAUUCUCCCGCUUUCCAUCACCCCGCCCCAUUCUCCCUCCUUCCAUCACCCUGCCCCAUUCUCCCGCUUUCCGUCACCCCGCCCCAUUCUCCCGCUUUCCAUCACCUCGCCCCAUUCUUCUGCUUUCCAUCAACCCGCCCCAUUCUCCCGCUUUCAAUCACCCCGCCCCAUUCACUCGCAUUCCAUAACCCGCCCCAUUCUCCCGCUUUCCAUCACCCCGCCCCGUUCUCCCGCUUUCCAUCACCCCGCCCCAUCCUCCCGCUUUUCAUCACCCCGCCCCAUUCUCCCGCUUUCCAACAUCCCGCCCCGUUCUCCCGCUUUCCAUCACCCCGCCCCAUUCUCCCGCUUUCCAUCACCCCGCCCCAUUCUCCCGCUUUCCAUCACUCCGCCCCAUUCUCCCGCUUUCCAUCACCCCGCCCCAUUCUCCCGCUUUCCAUCAACUCGCCCCAUUCUCCCUCCUUCCAUCACCCCGCCUCAUUCUCCCUCCUUCCAUCACCCCGCCCCAUUCUCCCGCUUUCCAUCACCCCGCCCCAUUCUCCUGCUUUCCAUCACCCAGCCCCAUUCUCGCGCUUUCCAUCACCCCGCCCCAUUUUCCCGCUUUCCAUCACCCUGCCCCAAUCUCCUGCUUUCCAUCAUCCCGCCCCAUUCUCCCUCCUUCCAUCACCCCGCCCCAUUCUCCCGCUUUCCAUCACCCCGCCCCAUUCUCCCGCUUUCCAUAACCCCGCCCCAUUCUCCCUCCUUUCAUCACCCGCCCCAUUCUCCCUCCUUCCAUCACCCCGCCCCAUUCUCCCUCCUUCCAUCGCCCCGCCCCAUUCUCCCACUUUCCAUCGGCCCGCCCCAUUCUCCCGCUUUCCAUCACCCCGCCUCAUUCUCCCGCUUUCCAUCACCCCGCCCCAUUCUCCCGCUUUCCAUCACCCUGCCCCAUUCUCCCGCUUUCCAUCAGCCCACCCCAUUCUCCCGCUUUCCAUCACCCCGCCCCAUUCUCCCGCUUUCCAUCACCCUGCCCCAUUCUCCCUCCUUCCAUCACCGCGCCUCAUUCUACCUCCUUCCAUCACCCCUGUUAUAG